CACUCAUCCUACCAAAUUCCUAAUAAAUACAAUUUCAGCCAACAUGGCCACGACCAACGGCGUCACCAAUGGCGACCUACCUGCGGCUCCUCACAAAACCUUCGACACCAUCCUCGUGCUUGACUUCGGGUCGCAAUACACGCAUCUCAUCACGCGUCGGCUUAGAGAGCUCAAUGUCUACUCAGAAAUGCUGCCGUGCACGCAAAAGUUGAAAGACCUCGACUUCAAGCCAAAAGGCAUCAUCCUCUCUGGCGGGCCAUACUCUGUCUACGCUCCUGACGCUCCACACGUUGACGACGCCAUCUUUGAUCUUGACGUUCCCAUUCUCGGCAUCUGUUAUGGCCUGCAGGAGCUCGCCUGGCACUUUGGAAAGGGCGUUGCUGCAGGUGAAAAGAGAGAAUACGGCAAGGCCACCCUACAGUUGCAGAAGCAUGCAGACAAGAACUCCCACAUCGAUCAACUGUUCGAAGGGCUAGAGAAUGAGGUGGUUUGGAUGUCGCACGGCGACAAAGUGUCGAAGCUGCCCGACAAUUUCCACACAAUUGCCAGCACUGCCAAUGCACCAUUCGCCGGCAUUGCACACGACACAAAACACCUCUAUGGGAUUCAAUUCCAUCCAGAAGUGUCGCACACGCCCAAGGGCAUUACAUUGAUCAAGAACUUUGCUGUUGGAAUCUGCAAAGCGCAGACGAAUUGGACAAUGGGCGCAUUCGUGGAUCAAGAGGUUGCCCGAAUCAGGACCCUGGUCGGAGACAAGCAGCAGGUCAUCGGUGCUGUCAGUGGAGGCGUCGACUCUACUGUAGCCGCGAAACUGAUGCAGACUGCGAUCGGUGAUCGCUUUCACGCAGUCAUGGUUGACAACGGCUGUCUGCGCUUGAAUGAGGCCAACGAGGUCGAAGCGACUCUCAAGGAAGGUCUCAAGGUCAACUUAACAGUCAUCGACGCCAAGGAUCGUUUCCUCGGAAAGCUCUCCGGCGUCUCAGACCCAGAGAGGAAGCGCAAGAUUAUUGGCAACGAGUUCAUCGAGAUCUUUCAGGAGGAAGCGAAGAAGAUUGCCGCUGCCGCUGAGAACACCGAACGUGCUGGCAAAGUCGAAUGGUUUCUGCAAGGCACUCUGUACCCGGACGUCAUCGAAUCCAUUUCGUUCAAGGGACCUAGUGCCACGAUCAAGACGCACCACAACGUCGGCGGUCUUCCCGAGAAGAUGGACCUCAAGCUCAUCGAGCCUCUUCGCGAAUUGUUCAAGGACGAGGUCCGCGCUCUUGGUACCGAACUCGGUAUUCCAGAGAAUCUAGUCUGGCGACACCCCUUCCCUGGUCCUGGCCUCGCAAUUCGCAUCAUUGGUGAAGUCACUCCUGACCGAAUUCGCAUCGCUCAAGAGGCGGACAAGAUCUGGAUUGAGGAGAUCAGGAAGGCUGGCUUUUACCGGGAGAUCUCCCAAGCGUACGCUGCAGUUCUUGGCGUCAAGUCCGUGGCUGUGGUUGGUGAUCAGAGAUUGCAUGGCGAGAUUGUUCAUUUGCGGGCCGUGCAAACCACCGAUUUCAUGACCGCCAACGUCUUCACGGGGGCGCCGAUGGACUGGUUCGCGAGCGUCAGCGAUCGCAUUGCCAAUGAGGUGCAAGGCGUGGCGAGAGUGGUGUAUGAGACGACCAGCAAGCCUCCUGCUACGAUCGAACUGGAGUAGGGAAAGAUGGUACAUUGACCUGGUAAAGAACCUAGCGAGGCGUUUGGGCGAUGAAAAUAUGAUGCAUUAGAGCAAGGAUACAUAGACCGAAGGACAAGGCUACGAUCCAAUGAUACCCCAGGAAUGAAUUUUGGUUUGAUCAGAUGUAUCUGCAGUCCCUCUCAAUACCGAGGUACGGCCUUUGCAAGAUUGAUGAUUUGUGUACUGUAUUCUGGUGGCUAUGAGACUA